CGCCUGGCGCACCCGCGGGAGCGGAGCCGUGGCGCGCUCGCCCCGGACGCCGGCCGCCCCUCCGCUCGCCCUACUGAGCGAGCGGCCCGGGGCGCCGAGGGGUCCGCGCCGCGCGGGGCGCACCGCCCUGGCCGCCAUGUGCUCCCAGCUCUGGUUCCUGACCGACCGGCGCAUCCGCGAGGACUACCCGCAGGUGCAGAUCCUGCGCGCCCUCCGGCAGCGCUGCUCCGAGCAGGACGUGCGCUUCCGGGCGGUGCUUAUGGACCAGAUCGCCGUCACCAUCGUCGGCGGCCACCUCGGCCUCCAGCUAAACCAGAAGGCCCUCACCACCUUCCCGGAUGUGGUGCUUGUACGGGUACCCACACCCUCAGUGCAGUCAGACAGUGACAUCACUGUCCUGCGACACCUGGAGAAGCUGGGCUGCCGGUUGGUCAAUCGCCCACAGAGCAUCUUAAAUUGCAUCAACAAAUUCUGGACGUUCCAAGAACUGGCUGGACAUGGGGUCCCCAUGCCAGACACCUUCUCCUAUGGUGGGCAUGAAGACUUUUCAAAAAUGAUUGAUGAAGCUGAGCCCCUGGGCUACCCAGUCGUGGUGAAGAGCACACGAGGCCACCGGGGAAAAGCUGUUUUUCUGGCAAGAGAUAAACAUCACCUCUCUGACAUCUGCCAUCUGAUCCGCCACGAUGUGCCCUACCUGUUCCAGAAGUACGUGAAGGAGUCCCAUGGAAAGGACAUCCGGGUGGUGGUGGUAGGGGGCCAGGUCAUAGGCUCUAUGCUUCGCUGCUCCACUGAUGGACGGAUGCAGAGCAACUGCUCUCUCGGUGGCGUGGGCGUCAAGUGUCCGCUGACAGAACAAGGCAAGCAGUUGGCUAUUCAGGUGUCCAACAUCCUAGGCAUGGACUUCUGUGGCAUUGAUCUCCUUAUCAUGGACGAUGGCUCCUUUGUGGUGUGUGAGGCAAAUGCUAAUGUCGGCUUCCUAGCCUUCGACCAGGCAUGCAACUUAGAUGUGGGUGGGAUCAUUGCAGACUAUACCAUGUCCUUGCUGCCAAAUAGGCAGACUGGAAAGAUGGCUGUCCUCCCAGGACUGUCGAGUCCGAGGGAGAAGAACGAGCCGGAUGGCUGUGCUUCAGCUCAGGGAGUUGCAGAGAGCGUCUAUACCAUCAACAGUGGGUCUACCUCUAGCGAAAGUGAGCCUGAACUGGGAGAGAUCCGGGAUUCCUCAGCAAGCACAAUGGGGGCCCCACCCUCCAUGCUGCCCGAACCUGGCUACAACAUUAACAACAGGAUUGCUUCUGAGUUAAAACUUAAGUGAAUUCCUGCUUUUUGGCAGCAUUUAAACCAAAUCCUACUGCUUCCCUAGUAGUUUUGAGUGAAUAAAAUCUGGACUAAUGUGAUUUCAUUUGCACAGAAACUAGAAAUCCCAUCUGGGCACUCAGCAUUUUUUCUAACGAUGAUUUAAGCAAAUGGCCUAGCUUUGUGGUUUUUACAAAGACAAAUAUAAAAACACUCACAAGAACAA